CAGAAUCUUUGGGGGAGAAGAAGAAAGGUGACUGUAUAACUUGUGACUUGUACACUCAAGUUUACUUAACUUGUUCAUGGAGCUUUCUAGGUGAGUCAAAAAAGGAGGAGAAAACACUUCAUUUUCAAUCAUUUUCUAUUGAAGAAAUGAAGUUCAAAAUUUGAACUUGGAGUAGAGAGAGGCAUAGGAAUUGAGGAAGAUGGAAAGAAGAGAAAAGGGUGUGGAGAGAGAUAAGAAAAGUGAAGGACUAAUGGUGGAAAAGUUGAAAAUUGGAUGUGUUGUGGGGAAAAGAAGAGACCCUUCAACUCCACCACCCACUUGGAGACUUGAGUUUCCAUCUCAUAGUAGCACCAAAAACCAGGUUCAAGAGUUCCUCAACUUUCCCACUUCAGCACUCUCUGCCAGAAACCUCUGUGCCAAACUCUGGGAAAUUCAGCCCCACCAAUUGGCCCCUCUUGCCAAAAUGAGAACCAGCCUUCGCCGCCGCCACGCCCACCAUUGUAGGGACACAAUUUAUGAGCCAGCAGCUGCAAGAGGCUUGAGAAGACAUGUCAAAGAAUCACCUGUUCAGCACCAUAGAUCAGUUGAAAGAAAUAAUUGUGCUCUACAGAAUGUAUCUCCUGCUAGUUACACUAGCUCAGUGGAAGUGAGACCAUAUAAUCAUGUAAACCCUACAAGUUCCUCAGACUUCAAGGGUAGGGUUGGAGAGUCAAGUUGCAAUCCUAAAACAUCCAGAGAGUUAUUCAAGGUACUCGACCGAAUCUGGUGUCUUGAAGAACAGCAUGCGUCAGAUAAAGCAACAGUGAAAGCCCUGAAAAUGGAAGUGGAUCUCUCCCGGGCACGAGUUAAAGACUUACUACAAGAAAAUAAAAUUAAUAAGCAGGCAAUGGAGAAGUUGAUAAAGAAACUAACAGAGGACAAGCUUGUUAGGAAGAGCAAUGAACAUGUUAAAAUUAAAGCUGCAGUUCAAUCAAUCAAGGAAGAGAUACAAGAUGAAAAGAGGUUAAGAAAACAUUCAGAAAGCCUGCACAGGAAACUGGUUAGGGAGCUGUCUGAAGUAAAGUCUUCAUUCUGUAGUUCUCUAAGAGAUCUUGAAAGCGAGAGAAAAGCACGGAUCGUUUUGAAGAAUUUGUGUGAUGAUUUUGCCAAAGGAACAAGAGAUUAUGAACAUGAGGUACAUUCGCUUAUGCAUAGUGUUGAGAAGGGUCAGGUUAAAGGGGAUUGUCGCCUUCGUAUUUCAGAAGCUUGGCUUAAUGAGCGGAAGAAAAUGAAGCUAGUUCAAGCUAGCAGUGAUCUCACUGACAGAGAUUCAAUAAUUGACAAAUUAGGUGUUGAUAUUGAAACAUAUCUUCUGGCAAUGAGUUCUGUUAACUUGAGAAGAUGUGGUAAUUCCUCCACAAAGGAGCUAAAGGAAAUUUACCCUUACCUGGAUUCAUUGGAUUCCUUUCCACUAAAGGAGACCAUAAGUGCACCUCAUAAUACAGUUGGGGAAGACUCGAUCGGUACCGACAUUUUUGAUCUGAAAAGGACUGCUGAUGAAGAAGGACUUGACAAACUCAGCCACAGACUUCACAGCAAUAAUAAUGCAAAUGUCCGUAAAGAAAAGAAGGGAAGCCACAGUUCAGUGAAAAAACAAGUUCAGCCAAAAGAAAUCAUUCUGCUAACAAUCACGGACAAGAACAUGUCAUGUGAUGAAAAUGAGAGGGUGUUUGUUGAGAGGAAAUCAAGUGAAAUUGGAGGGAACAGAAGCACAAUUCUAUUAAAUGCCCCGCCUGGGGUAUCAGCAAUACAAGGUCCACCAGAAAGUGAUAGGACCUGGACCAAGAGAAUAAAUUCAGGUCACAUGCUUGACAACCUAGUUGGAAACAGUUCUUUGUCAUCAGAAGGUGAUAAGGUUUUUACCGAGAGUAUUUGCAGGGAAGAAUCUUGUGUCCAUUCUGCAGUUAUAGGUAAUAGUAGUCCUGUAAAGCAGUGGAAACCUAUUUUGGUUGUCUCAGAUUUUAACCAGUAUGAGUCUUCUCCCAAAUUGCAUAGGAGGGAAGUAAAGGACAACAAAUUGAUGGCAAAACUGCUUGAAGCAAGGUUAGAGGAGCAGAGAUGUCGCUCUAAAGCUAACAAAAGCUCUUUUUGUUCAGCUGAUGAGAGCAUUGGAUUGUGAAUAGUUGCAAUGGUAUCACACACUGAUCUUUCAUCAUUAGGGUACCACUACCAAAUAUCAUUCUAAUUCUAGAAUUAAUCUUUUUGUAAAAGACAAUCUUAUUGCUAUAAUACAUGGUUAGAUGCAUGAA